AUGGCCGAGGAACCCUCCAGAUUGGCGUCACGUCAAGACCUGUUGGUCCAAGAGCACUUUACCGCCGAAAAGUUCGACCAUUUCCUCCCGGGUGCGCCACACGAGGGUGACUUCCGUGCAGAAGCGCUGAAGCCGGAGUCACGACUAGGUGCCUUUCUCCACGACAUGCAUUCUCACAGGGGCAAGGGAAUGAAAAUCACGGCCACUGAAAUGAUCACUCUUACACUCCUGCUGUCUAAGUCUCGGAAGGCGACCAAAGCGGAGAUAUUCCAACGUGCUACCGAACUGCUCAACUUUCAACGAGGUUAUUUCCGAACCCAAAUAGCAAUGGAGGCUUACUCCAAUGAUAUCAUCACGGAGAUGGAUGCGUACUUGCUUGAAGAGCGUUCCCGAUACGAAGUCAAGUUCCCGUCCGAGAGCCAUGAUCAGCUGCGACCUGAGCCAAGCAUCCACGGCAAGAAAAACAACGAAACCCUCUGGCCAGUCUGGGCACGCGGAGUUGGCGCUGAGAUGACAGAAGAGGAGAAGGAUCCAAAGGACGAGACGCGCUACAACUACGAUUAUGGCUCAUUCGAUGUUGAUUGGGCUGAUCAAUUCGAUAUUGAGAUGAAUAGUCGCAUGGAGGCAGGAACAGGACCGGCUCACUGCGUCUAUAUACUACCCCCGGGUAUGGAGAACGAAGUCUUUGCGUCCUUCCAAAAUACACAGCUUAAGCAACCCAACUCGAACCUCGACACAGGAUCUUCAGACACUGCACGCGAUUACUUCAGCUCGCUUCCAGCAGAACUCAAGAACAAAGUCGUUCGACUGGUGCUGAAAUUCCCGACCAAAGUCAGGAUUGCAGCCACCACUUUCACCAAUGAAGACUGGACAGAAGAGCAGUGGGAUCAAUAUCUGAGCCCGUCGGAGAUCAUGCCAUAUUCUACAUACAAGUUCUCGUCACAUGUGAAGGUGCCGAGGUCCAUGGUUCCUUUCAACGCCGCCGCAGUCCCGGGACCUCAUUACUACUGGACAAUGGAGCCUCCUGAAAUUAUGCUAGCACUUUUGGCAGUCAACAAAGAGAUGCACAAAAUUAGCAAACCCGUGUUCUACGGCGAAAACUACUUUGAGAUCAAGGAUGGCAUUUUGGGUCUUCCCCAACAUAACUUUCAGGAAGGAAGUUCCAUAAAUGGCACCCAGCUAGCGCAUCGCUUCCUUGAGCUCAUGAGUUGGCCGAAGGCUCACGAUGGUACUUCUCGAUACGGUCCCCGCCCGCUGGAGUUGAUGCGCAAGAUCAAUGUUGAUAUGGAGCUUUACCCAAAUGGUUGCGGCGAGAUUCCCGGACAGUACGCAUGGCAUUUCGAGCGCAUAAUCAACACCUUGAUUACGAUCCCCCGUCUCCAGAAGCUCGUCAUCAACGUCCGCAUGGGGUUGUUGGACGUUCUCGGAAAUAUCUCGCCAAACAAGGAGAAGAUCAACCCGUUCACCAGCCCAGAAGCGUGGCCAGGAUGGCGCAAGCUACCUUGGGCAGCAUCCGCAAUUCCUGUUGAGAACGGAGAAGAUGGGAAGUCAGCGGCCGGACUCAAGGUCUUCGUCCCCGAAAACCGCAGUGUGGAGAAAUGGCUUCAAAAGCUCAUCGACAUGCCUGAUGAGGCGCUAGCAAAGAUCAUUUACGUCAUACCCGAGGAUUGGUCUACAGCGGAGUGUCCUUCAGUGCUGAUUACUCAGGGCUUACAGAAAGCUGACCAACGCUGGAGGAAGGCCUUCAAGGACGACAAGGUCAUGGAAGGAGACGAGAGCACUGAGCAUGGAACCGACGGUACUGAAGAAGCUGAGGCUGUGGUCAGCGUGGCAUAG